AUGGGGGCGACCGCCAUCACCGCGCAAGUCCGGAUGUCUUCUUCAGUCUCUGCGGCUGCUCCCUAUCCUCCACACAAGGGAACUGCCAUCAUCAUGUGUUCUAGCACCAAGGGCGACUCGCGAUUAUUCGGUGUCUUCGAAAGCGACCUUGUAGGGUCAAAGCUCUACCAGCUCAUUCACGAGGAGAAGUCUGCACAACCGCUUCGACAAGAUCGCGACGAUAUAACUCACCCGCCUGUCAUUCACUUGCCCGUCGACCCCAGCGAGAUGCUCGUGCUCUUAGACGCGUUACACGGGAAGAGCGAAAGUUCAACAGUGUCUGGGGGCUCGCCCAUCUGGUGCUCUCUCGUUCUUGCCCGUCUUUCGUCUCUGUACGGCACGCCCGCUCUGAUGGCCAAGGCCUUUCACCAUCUCUGCGACGUAUUCUGCUGCGACCUGGACUCGAUCUACCAGCUCCCCUUCGCACGCGAUGACUUCACAAUCGCUGUAGCUGCAGUCGAGACAGCACUUGCGUGUGAAGGUGCACAACCCUGGCUUCUUCCUCUCGCUCUCGCCUACUGCGCUCAGUUUUCGCCGGUUCUUAUGCUGCAUCCCACGUCGUUCAAGACCACAAAGCCUCUCCCCACCGGACGCUCCUACGCUUUGUCCGACGAGCACCGUGAUAUCUGUAUCCAAGCACACGAAGCGUUCCUGGCCGCCCGCAAGUACCGGCUCUCGCAAAUCUAUGUCGCUCCUGCCUACGAGUGCACAACGCCGUCGGAAUGUCGCGUCAUCAUCGAGCGCGCGCGCAAGGACGCGGAGGCCGACCUCUCUCUCAUCGGCGCCACGACGAAGCCCUCCCCCAAGCUCGCUAAGCGGCUGCGUGCUCUGUGCUCCGAGUGCCUCGAGCUCAUAGACUGGCAGGACGACAUCGCGCUGUACGUCAUACUGAAGGAGGCGCCCCAAAUACUUGGCGACAGUCGGUCGUGGGAGGAGAUUCGCGAGUGCGCGCUGGAGUACCUGGAGACUCUCCCGCCUGUCGAGGCGGAGUCGCGCUCGGACGACGACUCUGACAGCUGCUCAUCCGAGUUUGAGGCGGAGUCGCGAGGGCGUGCGUCGGGCUCGCGGAAGAAGGCGAAAGUUCUGACCUCUGACGACGAACGCGGGUUCGUCGACAUUCUCGCCAAGGCGCUGAACUGGCUCGAGUAAUCGACAUCGACGCAGCUAUCCUGCUCUCACCUGCCAUCCUACGGACUUCGCUUUCAUAGUCGCUAUCUCCCUCUCGUGUCAUCAUUCUGCGAGACCCUUGUACCUACCUUGCGUUCCGCCUUAAUUCCCUCUGUCGGGUAUCCGCUGCCACGUAUACCAUUCCAUUCGCUUGUAUUGCCGUUUCAGGCGCAUACCUAGUCUCGAG